AACAACCUGUGACAAUAUCCGUCAUCUUGCAGUGCAAUGGCGAGGACUCUACCAGCUCUGUGUCUCCUGGUUGGACUUAUAUGUUUCCCAUAUACAGAAUGUUGGGAAGCACCCCGGUUUUGUCGUGGAUAUGAGUGUCCCGUGUACACUCUGGUAAAUGAAAAUCAGGGAUUUGAGGAGCGCAACUACGACAUGAGCUACUGGAUUACCACUGAUAUUGCGAGUACCAGCCAGAGUGAUAUAAAGGAGGGAUUUUGGAAACUGUAUUAUUUCAAUCAAGGGCAAAACAGUGCGAAUAAAGAGAUUGCUAUGACCAGGCCUGUGCUGGUGUCAGUGAAGGAAGCUGAUGGAACGGGGGAGAGACAGGUGUCCAUUUCCGUCUUUCAGUCUGACACAGACAUCCCUGAACCCAACGAUACGACCAUCAGAAAAACAGUUGUACCAGCUGGGACUGUCUAUGUCAGGUCGUUUGGUGGUAUGGCUUCUGAUGAAGACGCCUUAGAGAAUGUGCAGCAGCUUAGAGAAGACCUCAGGGCUGCAGGAAAGGAGUUUAUUGAAAACAGGUUUGAUGCAGCUGGCUAUGACGCACCAUGGGAUUUGAUCAACAGACACAAUGAAGUUUGGGUUCGUGCACCCUGAGGAUUUACCUCAUUCCUACAUUGUAGCCAGUUUUUACUUUGAAGUUCCAGUCUAUUCAAGAUUUUCUGACAUAUUAUAUGAAAAAAUAUGUCAAUAUAGUAUUCAUGUUUCAAUCUUAAUCAUUGUAUUAAUGUGUUAUUUUGUGCAAUAUAUGUGUAAAAGCACAUUGGAGUUGUUUGAUGGGAUUAUAAACUUGUUUUAGGAAUGUGAGGAUUAUCUAUAGGUUCACAGUGACAAUGCACAAAAAUUUCACUGAAUUCUACUAAUAGGUUUGAAAAUAAAACUUUUGACAUUCU